ACCUCCAUUUUUGUAGCAGUUAUCGCCUUUAGGUUGAUUUAAAAACGAGUUUUAACAUGAUAAGCGUUAGAACAGAGUCAGCCGAGUGUCACACUCAGAGAGCACAUUUUCAUGUGGGCAGGCUUUAACGUCACUAUUGUGUGUGUGACUGGGAAGCGUGUGUCAUUAACAAAGGCUGAAUUUCCUCUUGAAAAUUCUGGCAAUCCCUUGCGAAGAAGACUGAUCUAGUCAGAGCAGACAGAAAGAACGAUGCCGCUUCUCCACAGAAAGCCGUUCGUCAGGCAGAAACCUCCCUUGGACCUGAAACCAGAUGAAGAGGUUUUCCUCUGUAAAGUUACACACGAGAUCUUCAGAACCUACGACGAGUUCUUUGAGCGGACCAUCCUGUGCAACAGCCUAGUAUGGAGCUGCGCGGUGACGGGCAGGCCGGGUCUGACCUAUCAGGAGGCGGUAGAGAGCGAGAGGCGGGCCCGGCAGAGCCUGCAAAGCUUCCCUUCGGUGCUGGUCCCACCCCUGCUGCACCUGGUCACCCUCACCCACCGCACCCGCCUGCACGAGAUCUGCGACGACAUCUACUCCUACGUGAAAGAGCGCUUCUUCGCGGGCGAGACGGUGGACGUAGUGGGACGCGCGGGAGUCAGGCAGCUGUGUCGGAUCCUGGAGGUGCAGUCCCCCCACUCCAACGGCGCACUGAACGGCCAUGUCAAGCACCACAUGGAGGGGGAUGCCAUCGUCAUCAGCGACAGCGACGAGGAGGGCAGUUCCAACUCCGUCAAGUCCCCCAUGCCACCUCUCAAUGGGAAGAAGAAAGCCAGUAUCAGCCCAUCAGUGUUCAAGUACAAAGUACUUCCUCUCAAAAUGGAUGGCUGUGAGCCUUUCACUGCCAAGGCCGCUCAGAUCAGUCGGAAAAAGAGUGUCUUCUCACGAGACCGGCUUAAACUACUGCUCAAACAGCACUGUGAACCCCAGAACGGAGCCAUCAGACUCAAGGCUGCAACAAUUGCCAAGUACAAGCUGGCAGAACACAGUUUCUCCCACUUUUUCCCCGAUGAGCCACCUGUCUUCCCCUUCAGUCCACCGGGCAAGGGGCGUGGCCGUCCGCCGAACGGCUCGUCUCCUGAGGGAAUGAGCUUCACCUCGGAGGGAGAGAGCGUGAUGCGUGCAGCUGAGGAGAAGCUGAGACUCAUGCAGCAGAAAGAGGAAAUGAUGACCAUGGCACUGGAAAAGGCCAGGCUGAAGAAGGAGAGAGAGGACGCUUGGGAGGCCCGGAAGAAGGAGAAGGAAGACCGAGAGAGGAAGCGGGAGGAGCUGAAGAGGCUGCUGGAGGAGGAGAAGCAGAAGCGGAGAGAAGAGAAGGAGAGAAUGAAGGUGGAGAAAGAGAAGGAGCGAGAGAAGCUGCGGGAGGAGAAGAAGAAAUACGCGGAACGGCUGAAGCUGUGGAGUAAACCCAGAGAGGACAUGGAGUGUGAGGACCUUAAGGAGCUGCCGGCAGCCCUUCCUGUAAAGACGCGCCUGCCCCCGGAGCUGUUUGGAGAUGCCCUCAUGGUGCUGGAGUUCCUGCAGGCCUUCGGAGAGCUUUUUGACUUGAAGGACGAGUUCCCAGAGGGCAUCACUCUAGAGGUCCUGGAGGAGGCGCUGGUGGGCUCUGACCCUGAAGGGCCGCUGUGCGAGCUGCUCUUCUUCUUCCUGUCCGCCAUCUUCCAGGCCCUGGCCGAAGAGGAGGAGGAGGUGGCCCGGGACCAGGUGGCUGAGGCCGACACCAAAGAUCUGAGCGAGGCCCUGGACGAGGACGCCGACCCCACGCAGUCGGCCAUCAGCGCCGUGGCGUCCCUGGCGGCGGCCUGGCCUCAGCUCUACCAGGGCUGCAGCCUGAAGCAGCUGGACCUGGACAGCUGCACGCUGUCGGAGAUCCUCCGGCUCCACAUCCUGUCCUCCGGCGCCGACUGCAGCUCGGCCAACGCCAAGUUCCGCUACCAGAAGCAGGGCGGCUUCGGCGCCACGGACGACGCCUGCGUGGAGCUGCGGCUGAGCAGCCCGGGCCUGCUGAAGAGGCUGUCCUGCACCGCCGUGUACGACCUGCUGCCCGGGGAGAAGCUGAAGAUCCUGCAUGCUCUGUGUGGGAAGCUGCUGACGCUGGUGUCCACGCGGGACUUCAUAGAGGACUGCGCAGACGAGCAGAGGCAGGCCAAGCAGGAGCUGCGUGAACUGAAGGCAGAGCAGCACCGCAGAGAGAGGGAGGAGGCCGCCAACAGGAUUCGUAAGAGGAAGGAGGAGAAGCUGAAAGAGCUGGAGCUGAAACUGAAGGAGAGACAUGAGAAGCUGAAAGAGGAGGAAGACAGAAACGGCUCUCAGGAAGCACGGGAGACUCCAGAGGAGAUGGACACGAGUACGGAAAGCCAGGAGGGACAAACGGAGAAUCACAAAAAGGGAGAACAGACGCCUCAGAACAAGGCCAAGAAGACAGUGAAGGGCAGCAGCGAGAAGGAGAAGCCGGCGGAGGCGCGCGAGCCGGUCAGCUCCGAGGAGCAGCAGCAGCGGGAGCGGGAGCUACAGGAGCGCAUCCAGAGGGCGGCGGCCUGCACCUACAUCCUGCCGCUGGGCCGCGACCGCCUCUACCGCCGCUACUGGCUCUUCGGCUCCGCCCCCGGCCUCUUCGUGGAGGAGGACUUCUCCGGCCUCACCGAGGACAUGCUGCUGCCCCGGCCCAAGCCCGAGCCCGAACCCGAGCCCGAGGCCCCGCCCGCCCCCGAGAGCCCGCCCGGGCAGGACGGGUCCGACCCCGACUCCGCCCCCGCCGUCCAGAGCUCCGCCCCUCCCGUCAACCGUCCCAACCUGUGGGCCUUCUACAGAAGCCCCCGGGAGGUGGAGCAGCUGAUCGAGGCCCUGAACCCUCGGGGGCACCGCGAGAGCAGCCUCAAGGAGGCGCUGCUGCAGGAGAAGGAGCGCAUCAGUCAGCUUCUCGGCUGCUGCCCCGCCCAUCGCUUCCACCACCCAGAUAAGCCCGAGAGCGAGACCAAAGCGGCCCAGGGGAAGCAGAGGGCCGCCCCCGUCUCUGCCGAGCGCAACAUGGAGAACCGGCUCAGAGACCUGCUGCUGGACAUAGAGGACCGCAUCUACCAGGGAACCCUGGGAUCCGUCAAGGUAAUGGAGCGAAACGCCUGGAGGGCGGCGCUAGAGAACAGCCACUACGAGCUGCUGGGCCCCGACGUGAAGGAGAACGGGGUGGUGAAAGGAGAGAACGGAGAGGAGGUUCCCAUGGAGAUCGAGUACAGCCACAUCAAGGCCGGGGUGAAAGACAGGCUACAGGAGCUGAAGAGCGAGACCCUGAGCGCAGCGUCCACCAGCUCCAGCACCCCCCAGCCCGUCAACAACUCUGUGCAUUACCUGGCCCUGGCGCUGGCCCAGAUCGAGCAGGGCAUCGAGCGCAAGUUCCUCAAGGCCCCCCUGGGAGAUGAAGAUGGCAGAAAGGACCAGAAAGUAAAGAAGAAGGAAAAGAAAAAAGACGAAGACCAGUCUAGUGAAAAAGAUGACAGCAGCGAGAGCGGCAGGGCCUGUAAGACGGUGCAGGAGCGCUGGAGGGAGUCGCUGCUGGGCUGCUCCAGCCUGUCCCAGGUCUUCCUGCACCUCUCCACGCUGGAGCGCAGCGUCAUCUGGGCCAAGUCCAUCCUGAACGCCCGCUGCAAGGUGUGCCGCAAGAAGGGCGACGCCGAGAACAUGAUGCUGUGUGACGCCUGUGAGCGCGGACACCACAUCCACUGCGUGCGGCCCAAACUCAAGGCCGUGCCCUCUGAGGAGUGGUUCUGCCCCGAGUGCCGGCCCAAGCAGCGCUCCCGCCGCCUCAGCUCCCGCCAGCGCUCCUCCAUCGACUCCGAGGAGGAGCUGGAGUCCGAGGACCAGGAGGAGGAGGAGGAGGACGACGAGUCCGAAGAGGAAGAGGACGACUCGGAAGAGGAGGAGGAGUCUGAAGAGGAGGAGGAGGAGGAGGAAGAGGAGGAGCAGGAAAGCCCUCCUAAGAAGGGCCGCGCCGCGGUCAAGCUGCCCCUGACCAAUAAGGGAGGCCGGGCGUCGGCCAGGCCCCCCGCCCCCCGCCAGCCAGACUCGGGCCGCUCCACCCCCCGCAGCCAGCCGGCCGCCGCCAAGCAGAGCCUGUCCGCCGGGAAGGCCGGCGCCAAAGGCUCGGGGAAGAAGGCGGGCCCCUCCCCCGCGGCCAGGGCCCCGCCCCGCGCCGGCUCCCGCUCCAGCGCCCGGCUCAGCCAGGAGGUGCAGUCCGCCAACGGCUCCUUCACGUCCAAGCCCGCCGGCAGCCCGUCCGCCGCGCCCUCCCCCCAGGACAGACAGACGGACGCUCGGAAACGACCUCUCGCAGAAGUGUCUCCCAAAGCCAAGGUGGUUCUGAGCGCGCCCAGCAGCUCGUCCAAUCGCCGAAGCUCGGGGCGGAACCAGGGGGUGCACGAGCUGUCAGCCUGCGAGCAGCUGACCGUGGAGCUGGUCAGACACGAGGACAGCUGGCCCUUCAAGAAGCUCGUGUCCAGAACACAGGUGCCAGACUACUAUGACAUCAUCAAAAAGCCAAUGGCUUUAAGUAUAAUCAGGGAAAAAGUCAACAACUGUGAAUAUAAAACUACCGCUGAGUUCAUCGCGGACGUGGAGCUGAUGUUCACCAACUGUUUAGUGUACAACCCGCGCAGCACGAACGAGGCCAAGGCCGGCGUGCGGCUCCAGGCCUUCUUCCACAGCGAGGCCCAGAAACUGGGCCUCCCCGUCCCGCCGGCCAGCGACCUGAGCAACCCCCCCCAGAAACGCCCCAGAAUGUAACCCGGCCCGCUCCCCACGGACUCGCAGGGAAAGGCACACGCAGGCCAGCCACACAAAUACAAAGGGGCCUUUUCACCAAACGGGCUCUGGGGUACCCCUCUGAAAGGCAAGAACAGAGGAGGGGGGGGGGCGGGGGCGGGGGGAAAUCAUGACUCUUCCAGGAUUCGACCACUAGCCGUGGAAAAAGAAAAACUGCACUGUAAAAACAUACUGCUAGUCCUUCUCGUUCAGAAUCACUCAGGACAAAAUCAUUGUGAAAUUCUUUUGUUUUUGUGUUAGCAGUGCAUUUAUUUUGUAUAUUUGGUUGAAAUUCUAGACUACUUUUUGUACAAACUUUAAUCCUCUGACUUUGUCCAUUACUUUGCUAAAUUAAGUAUCGCAGCUUGAAGGACCCUUAGCAUUUAGGAGUGUUCCACAUAGUACUGAACUAAUAGUAAUAACAAUUAACUUGAUAUUUUCUGGUUCCUUUUUUCAGUGCAACACUACAUAGGAACCAAAAUCAACUAUUUCUCAGUUCAAAGUUUCAAAACUGGGGUAGAUAUUUAUUUAGUUGAAAAUAAUUUUGAGUUUGAAUACUUGUUGUUGGUAUUUAUAAGAAUGUUGCUAUAGAACGCAUUUUUGUCUCUUCUAUUUGUAUUUGUAAAGAAUUAAAUCAGUUUUCUACUGAAGCAAUAGAAAGCUGUCUGAAGCAUUGGGUUUGACGGUGAACGUUUUCUGUUGUUGUUUUACCGUAUCCUGUACUACUUUGUAACUUCUAUCCUGUACAUUUUUCUACAUGUAAAAAUAAAAUGACUUUGUUAAA